UACUCUGUAUUCUGUACUCGGGUUUGUAAAGUGUUUUGUUACAAAUUGUAAGUCAUUAUAGAAAAAAUCCUGUAACGUAUAUUUUUACUUCAAUAAAAAUAAAAGCAACACUUUUCUGCCGGAUUUUUUCAUUUUGAACAAAAACGCGUCAAAUAAGUUUAAAUUCAUCAAUUUUGAAGAUGUUUAUUUUAUCAUAGAUGUUUUCACCUUGGAGUUUGUUGACUUUGGAAGCCCCUCCUCACAAUACUUGGUCAAUUUCUCCAAAAUCUGCUAAGGAAAAUGGUGUAAAUAUAAAGCUUUUUCAGUCAGUAGUCAAUAGAGUAAUCAAUGCUCUGUCAACAAUGGAUGUUUUUCAUCAGGAAGCUACAGUUUUAGCUCGUGUAAUAUACCGUAUGAAAAGCAAGUUUCGAAAUGACAAAGGUUUGAAGAAAAUGGUUCAAUUAAAUCAGGCCUUGCUCAACUAUUAUAAUAUGGAUUUACUAAAAGAAUACAAUAUUUUGAAAUCUAUUAUUCGAAUAGAAGAUGGAAAAUAUAUUUUGCCAAGUAAACAAAUGAUAGAAUAUGUGCUUGUAAGAACACAAGGUUAUGUACAACUUAUGGCCAGAAUAGAAGAGGUUGCUAGAUGUGCUGGUCAUUAUUUAAAAGAAAGAAUAAAGUUGGGUCAUGCAUGGUCAAUUUCUUUAUUUGCUUUUGCAGUUGUUAGUAGGCUUUGGAUUUUUUCACGAUUCAUGAUAGUAGAAUGUUGCGAGUGGUAUACAAAACUAUAUCAAUGUUCUCAAAACUUGAAAUAUAUUGGUAUGAACUGGCUUCCGCAAAACCAGAAAUUAUUGCACAAUUUAACAUCAUGGCUUAAUUUAGAUAAUACAAUAUGCUUCUCUCAUGAUUUAAUCAGUGCGGUAAAAAUAAUGAAACCAAUUAGGACAGAAAUGUUUUAUAAUACGAAUGAACUUGAUGACAAACAUUUUACAAAGAAAGGCACUUUAGAAACUGUCUGGAAAACUAACAUCUCGAAAUUGUUAGAGGAAAAUGAUUUAGAAAAUUGUAAGAAGAGAUCAGUAUUAACAACUAAAAUAUAUGAUGAUAUAAAUGAUAUCGGAGAAGUAAUAGAUCGAAAUACUCUUGAAGAAAGUUUUCCAAGCAUGUCAAGUCAUAUUGAAACGUCCUUGAAGAAGAAACGUAAACGUGCACAUAACUGUACAUAAUGGCAAUGAUUUCAAUCAACAAAAAACUAAGUAAACGUCAGAAUUGGUACCAAAAGACAAAGAAUUAAAAUCAGUUAACUUACCUUCAGAAUAUUUUGCUUGACAUAUGUAUUUACAUUAUAAUAUUAUAUGUUCUAUAUCUUAAUAGAAAAUAAAUUCAAGCAUAAAUAAA